GAGGAUAGACUUGUCCUCGGCUCCCAGGUGUUGGGGCCGGACCAGAGACAGAAGGCAGCUCUGGCAGAAGGUGUGUCUGCAGCGGAGCUCCCGGGGACACCGGCGACCCGCGUUGUAGAUCCGGUUACGCUUAGAUCACCAAGGGUUUAAUUACUGCUCAGCAAACCUCGUGGGAGACAUUGACGGAGAGACGGGGACGAGAAAAAUCAGGUGAGACGCAGCAAAAAACAGGAGUUAACCACCAGUGAGCCAAGCGUAGACACGUACUGCAAAUCUACCGCCAUUUAAGAUCAAAAUCGGAGUAGUGUAUGUGCACACAGAAAGGAGAGGAAGACUCCUCUGUCUGCCGGGAUGAGAUCUGCACCAGCAUGUGAGGAGUAUGAGUUGUGAGAGAGGAAACAGUGAGGUCGAGGGUGGGCAUCAAAGUGUGCUCUGAUCACAGGGGUUUAUGUGGUGGAGUCUGUCAUUUAAAGAUUAGCUUUCAUCACCAAGGCAACCCCACUCCCUCCCACCAUGAUGGGCGAGGUUGUCCCAGCCCACCAGCAGGGGGACCCAGCUGUUGCCGCAUCCAUCCCAGGAGAUCCCAUGGAUGUGGAGUGUCCCAUCUGCUACCAGGAGUACAACCAGUACAACAAAUGCCCCAGGAUGCUGGAGUGUCUCCAUGUUUUUUGCACCGAGUGCCUCCAAAGGAUCCAGCUCUGCCGCUUUGAGCCCCCUGACCCUCACAGCCCACCAGCCAUCCCCUGUCCCUUGUGUCGCCACCUAACCCCCCUCGAAUCUGGCGAUGCCCUUACCUUACCCUGCAACUCCCGCAUCCUGGCCAGGCUGCCCCCGUUGGCCUUACACCUGCCUGCCUCCAUGGCUGCCUGCCUGUCGUCAGUCACCCAGAGGGUGGUGCUCUCCCUGGAGGGCGAGAACAGGGACACCCGCUUCAUCAUCCUGCCCACCGUCAGCCUGCGGGUGCAGCAGAUGCACCCGGACACACCAUACGGCACAGCGCCGGGCCUGAUAAGUGAAGGGGAAGUCAUAGAGCAGAGCAAGAAGACACUGUUCUGUGUGCAGCUGCUGGCUGUCGUCUUCUGGGUGCUGUUCGUCAUCACCUGUGUGGUUGGGGUGGUGUUUGGGCCACACAUUCUGAACAAGAGGUUAUAGUAGGAAAAAGGAGUUCUCUCCAUUUUGUUGCAGAUAAACUGUCGUUGUUGAUAUGAAGACAGAUACUGCGACAGGUUUUUUUUGUUUGCAAUAAUUUUUUAAAGGUAUAGUGUGUAAGAUUUAGACCUUAAGGACACAGCAAAACUUUAUCUUUUUUGUUCUUCCUAGUUUUCCGUGAACACUGCAUGAUUUCAAGACAUUUCUUUAUACACACAAAACUACCCAAAAUUCAUAAAGCAAAGGUGCAAAGGUGCUGUUUUGAGAUUUUCUUUUCCAAAAAUAGCAGCUAAGGGCUCCUAAAAUGCCAUUUGCGUGUGGAUAAAAAGCCAAUAUACAAAACAUUUGUGUAUUCCCCGAAACUUGCUGGCGUUUAGAUUAACACUAACAAACACAGGACUCCUCCCCUCACCCCUCCCUUUCCCAAGCUCAUCAGGAGACUACAGUGGCCUUGCAUACCAGAAAGACCUUUUUCUUUGUUUACGUAAUAACCCUCUUCUUCAAAAAGUGAAACUCUGCUCUGGCUGGUUUAAACACUCAGGCUGCUGUAGACACAUGGUGGUGCUGGAUUGCAGCCUCUGUAAAGUUAAUGCCCUUACUUACACCAGAAAUAAGAUGCUUAUUCUAGGGCCAAGAAAACAAAAUAAUUUUACCUUAAAGCAGUUACAUACUUAAACAAACAUACUUAUGGAAAGUAACCUAUGGACAAUAAUAUUCCACACUGGACCGUUAAGGUAAAUUUGUAGUUCACUAUUCACUUUGUAAUAGAUAAACGAAAGUCCACUGAUAUUAAAAUUAACAUGUUAAAUGAGCACAACAACACACAACAUAUAAACUAUAACUUAGUUUAAAUUCAAUUAAAUUCUCUCAUCAAUAAAAGUAACAGUGUAGAAAAGUGCUAAACAAAGUUCAUCUCCAUAAAGUUUAUAUCAGUUAUGUUAAAUUGCAGUCUUCAUGAUUUACCAAUUGUAUUGUUUUCAGAUUGUGAAUGUUGUUGCUCAUCAUUUUCACUUAUUCUCAUUAAUGCAUGGUUGUAGCGCUUUGAUGAAUGAUAGACUGAUGAAGGGUUCCCUCUAGUGGUUUAUUUGAAAAUGUACCGACAAAGGACAAGCCCUACAAAGCUGUAUUUAUUAAAUUUAUUAUGUUGUCAUCUUUUCUCAGAGGUGGUGUUAUUUAUCAUUGAUUUUUUAAUGUUGUUUGCACACGUUUGUUGAUAUUUAUAUAGACUACAGCUGUUGAUUGUGAGGACUGUACAAAUAAAGAUGUGGAGAUUGAAAA